GUACCAUGGAGGCGUCACGUGACAAACACUCUUGUCCUAAUAGGAUCUGUAUGCAGUGCAUUUAGCAGGGAAAAUAGCAGCGUGCAUCUAGUUACGAAAAUAUUGAUUGAAUAGAGGUUGAAGGAUCUUGGUUAUUGACAGUAUGGAGGAUCAGUCAGGAGGUCACCUAGGUCCUGAUACGCUCUUUCAACCACAGAAGCCGCUACGACCAGAAAUGGGUUACAAUGCAUUAGCUAAUUUCCAGAUAGAGAAAAAAAUUGGUCGUGGACAAUUUAGUGAAGUUUACAGAGCAAAAUGUCUUCUUGACAAUGUGGCAGUUGCCCUUCAAAUGGUGCAGAUAUUUGAUUUAAAGGAUGCUAAAGCUUGUGCAGACUGCAUAAAAGAAAUUGAUCUUCUUAAGCAACUGAACCAUCCCAAUGUGAUUAAAUAUUAUGCCUCAUUCAUUGAAGACAAUGAACUUAAUAUAGUUCUUGAGUUGGCAGACGCUGGAGACCUUUCAAGAAUGAUAAAGCAUUUUAAGAAACAAAAAAGGUUGACCCCAGAAAGGACAGUUUGGAAGUACUUUGUACAGCUCUGCAGUGCACUGGAACAUAUGCAUUCUCGGCGUGUAAUGCACAGAGAUAUAAAGCCUGCUAAUGUGUUCAUUACAGCAACUGGAGUAGUAAAGCUUGGAGACCUAGGACUAGGCCGAUUUUUCAGUUCUAAAAUAGCCGCUCAUUCUUUAGUGGGUACACCUUAUUACAUGUCUCCAGAGAGAAUACAUGAAAAUGGAUAUAACUUUAAGUCUGAUAUCUGGUCUCUGGGCUGUUUGCUUUAUGAGAUGGCUGCAUUACAGAGUCCAUUUUAUGAUGACAAAAUGAACAUGUAUUCACUAUGUAAAAAAAUUGAACAGUGCGACUAUCCUCCUCUCCCCUCUGAUCACUAUUCAGAAGAGCUGCGGCAGUUAGUAAACAUGUGCAUCAAUCCAGAUCCAGAGAAGCGACCUGAUAUAACAUAUGUGUACGAAGUAGCUAAACGUAUGCAUGCACUCACUUCAGGCAGCUAACGAACUCUUAGAUAAUGAAGAAGAGAAUCAGAAGAACUGUUUAAAAAGUAUUUUUUUCUUCAAAGAAGCACACAUCAUCUUUUUCUUCUGUGUGUUACUGAAGAAUUGAUAAUCACUUUAUGGUAUAAAACAGAACUGUCAUUCAGAACAACUGACAUUCACUGUACUUGUGACCCUUAACCAUUUUUCUUAGAGAUGUCAUUGUAAACCAUCUUGUGUUAUUUUAUUUGUGUUGCCCUUCUUUCUAUAUUGUGUAAAAUAUGUUGAUUAAAGUAAAUAAAUUUUAGUCUUUCGGA